GAGCAGCUUUUCAACGCGUUGGACAUCAAUGAGCGCAAACCUCUGUUACUCUGGGGUAACCACUACGCUGGCAAGAGCACGUCGCUGCAUCGUGUGCUGCGAGAGAAGCAGUAUCACCACGGCGUCCUGCGCCUGAUUUGUGCAGAGAACACAGACCGAGCAACAACGAAGCUGUUAAGCUUUGUAGGUGCAAAAAACGAGCUCGAGGCCAUGGAGACCCUGCGGCAGGCAGCGGCAGAGAUGAAACGUUUGCCUGUAAUCGUGUUGGAGGUGCCUCGCGAGAUCACCAGCUCGGAAGUCGUUCAGAGCUGCUCUACCUUCGCGAAGAAGUUCGGUUACGAUCUACGUCUGGCAAAAGUGCUUGUCGUUGUGAGCGCUACCGCGCAUGCCUUAGGUUUCAGCGCCGAUCAGCGUGAACUCCGAUUCUAUUUGCCACCGCUGAGUGAGCAGGAGUGCCAGCAGCAGGAG